CAUCGGGCAGAGAAUGCUUUCCGGCAGAAAAUGGCGACUUACAUGAGGGCGUGAAGUAAUAAGCACUCGGCAAUGACAUUUAAGUCAAUACUUAUGUUAUAGUAUUAGACUCCGUUUCACGCUUGUUUUUGGAUUUCAUGUUUGUACCGUCUCGGGAGGAGACAUUAUAGAAAGGCGAUGAGUGGAUUUGUGAUGCAAGAGAAGGUUGUUAAACUGUUAAGCAGGCAGAAUGGAAAACCCGUAUUGAAACCCAUCAAACCUCUGGCGCUCAAAAAUGAAGUCGCCAGCCGCAGGCUGAAGAAAGGAGAGGCCACCUGUGUAACGGAAAUGUCAUUGCUGAUGGCUUGCUGGAAACUGAGCGACUUCAACAACGCAGUCUGCUCUAAAGAAGUCUCGGCCUUCUACACAUGUGUUGAAAAGGCGCAGAACAAGGCCAAAGGAAAGCAGGGAACCCAAGGUCGACUUUUGCCUAAAGAAGCCAACACCUUAUUAAAGCGAUUUCCGAACCUAAGCAGUGAAAUCUAGAACCGGUAACACAGAUUAGUCAAAGAAUGGACACUUUUAUUAUCUGAGCUGUAUGGAUAGGAACUUUAAUCUGAGUGUAUGACUGGGCCGGGCAGUUGAUGAGAACAGGGUGUGGAAAAGGUUUCUAAAAAAGUGCAAUGAAGCUGUCACUAGGACUCAGACUCUGCCAAAAGGACAUCAGUGGAUGCUCACAAAGCAAAUGAACUGCAUUCGCAAGGUUUCGAAGGCAAUUUUGGUGAUUGCUACAUUACUGCACUUUGUAGAUCAUCUCAUCAAAACAGUACAACGAAAAAAACACUGGUCCCUUCACACACCACUUAAAGGGAUAGUUUACCCAAAAAUAAAAAUCUGUCACCCUUUACUCAUCUUCGUGUUUUUUUUUUGUGUUCAGCAGAUGAAAGAAAGUCAUACAGGGUGAGUAAAUGAUGAUCGGCUUUUCAUUUUUGGGUGAAGAGAUCCAUUUAAUAAUUUUGUAAUUUGUGUUAUUGAUGUUUGACUAUAACAAUGUUACCUCUCAGUUAAUCUGAAUGUUAUUGCAUUGGUUUUUGGUAUUACUUUUCUAAAUCUUCCACGCAUAACUGAGCAGUGACCUGUAAAACCCAGCAGUUUAUUUAUGUAACUUUUUUUUUUU